UACUACAUAAGAUAAGAUUUUAUAAUCCGAUAGUGGUAAAUUGAUUCAUGUUAUUUGGAACAAAAAACAUUCGAAGCUCAAACGACAGCUCAUAGCAGUGGUUGACGGCAAACGGAGACACCAACACAAACAACAAAACAUCAUCUUUCUUCUUUUCUUUGUCUUCGAAUCUUUGAACAAAAAUUCUUUAAUUUCAUUUCAAUUCAAAUUCUUGUGAUUCCAACGGUGUAACAUGUCAUCUUCUGGUGGUAGUGGUGGUGGUGACGAUGAUGCCUCAAAACUAGACCUUUUUUACCUUAUCAAACGCUUUGGAGCUUAUGUUACUUUCAAGAUCGGAGAUCUCUUCUCUCUCUCCUUCAACAACCUCGAUAUACGAACUAUUGGGGCGGUUGCUGGUCUUGCUGUUGCAAUUGUUUUCACUUGGAGGCUGUUGAGAUCUCCUAAUGAUUCUCAAGGGAGGCAACGAAAACGGCAAGGUGCUACAUCUAGUAAUCCUGGAGCCGGCACACAUUCAAAUGCAUCGGUUGUUCCUUCUGAUGCUUGUUUACCUUCAGAUGAAUCAAGGGCACAAAAUGUUGUAGAUGAGUUCUUUCAGCCAGUCAAGCCAAGCUUGGGGCAGAUAGUGAGGCAGAAGUUGAGUGAAGGAAGAAAGGUAACCUGUCGUCUUCUUGGAGUAAUCCUUGAGGAAAGUACUCCAGAGGAGCUUCAGAAUCAAGCAACUGUGAGAUCCUCUGUGCUUGAAGUGUUGUUGGAAGUUACAAAGUUCUGUGAUUUAUAUCUCAUGGAACGGGUUCUGGAUGACGAAAGCGAGAAAAGAGUUCUUGUAGCGUUAGAAGAGGCGGGAGUAUUCACUUCAGGUGGUUUGGUCAAGGACAAGGUUCUCUUCAGCAGCACUGAGAAUGGACGCUCGUCAUUUGUUCGGCAGUUGGAACCAGAUUGGCACAUUGACACGAAUCAUGAAAUCGUUUCUCAGUUAGCUAGGUUUAUCAAGUAUCAGCUCCACAUAUCGCCGUAUAAAACAGAACGAACUGCUGCUAAUGUGUUCAGUGCUCCAUCCUUGGAACUCUUCUUUGGAUCCGUAUGAAAACCAAAAUACACCACUAAUCACUUGUUAUUCAUAAAUGUUUACUAGUUUGGUUUCUGUCUGCAUCUUGGAUUUAACCUUCACCAUAUGUUUUUUCUAGAUGGUUGAGAAAACUAGGUUAGAUUUUCUUAAGGUUCUCACUCACCCUCAGUUGGUGAAAGACCUGUUUCUGUGCAUGUGUAUGAGGCUUUAUGAAAGAAGUUAAUAUUGUUUUCUUUGUUUA